CCUUCUUGAACUGGGGAGCCCAGCACUGGACACAGAACUGCACACAUGGGUCAGUGCCUGCUGCAGGGUGCAGGACAUGGGGUGGCCCGUGCAUGGCUGUGGUGAGCAGGCGGUCAUGGGGGGACGGAAAAUGAGAUAACAGAGAAUUGUGUCCUGAGCCUGCCUGUUAAGCAAGUCACGGGGCUUUUUCCUUGAAGACCACACCUUGCUGCAGACUGACCACUCCACGGACAGACCAGCCCACUGCUGCUGGGGACCCCCACCCCGUCCCAGCCAAUGACCCCCCAGUGCGGGACGGGGAGGAGCUGCGGGCAGGGGAUAAAAGCCUCCGUGGGGUCUGCAGCUCAGCUACGGCAUCUGUGUCCUCCCGCAGCUCCGAGCAAACCCGCCUGCCACCAUGGUGCACUGGUCAGCCGAGGAGAAGCAGCUCAUCGCCACCGUCUGGGGCAAGGUCAGCGUGGAGGAAUGCGGUGCUGAGGCCCUGGCCAGGCUGCUGAUCGUCUACCCCUGGACCCAGCGGUUCUUUGAUAACUUUGGGAACCUCUCCAGCCCCACCGCCAUCAUCGGCAACCCCAAGGUCCGCGCCCAUGGCAAGAAAGUGCUCACCUCCUUCGGAGAAGCCAUCAAGAACCUGGACAACAUCAAACCGACCUUUUCCAAGCUGUCUGAGCUGCACUGCGAGAAGCUGCACGUGGACCCCGAGAACUUCAGGCUCCUGGGUGACAUCCUCAUCAUCGUGCUGGCCGCACACUUCGGCAGGGACUUCACUCCUGCCUGCCAGGCCACUUGGCAGAAGCUGGUCGGGGUGGUGGCCCACGCUCUGGCCUACAAGUACCAUUAAAUCAUCUGGAGGCAGAUGUGUCUGUAACAGUCAAUAAAAACCCCCACAUUUCCUGGA